AUGCCGGCGGCGGCGGCUAUGGCGGCGCUGGCGGCAGCGUUUGGGUGCUUGAGAGAGGUCGCCGGGCAGUCGAGGUCGGGUCUUUUCGCUGGCACUGGUGGGCUGGCCGCGACAUUGCGUUUUGCGCGCGGGCAACGCUCUUGUCUUGCGGUGAGAGCUCGGAGUUACGUAAGCACUUGGUCUUGUGUGUGUGGGUGGUGUAUUCCGAGGCCUGGCAGGCGUUAUGCCUCGCUAGCAGCAUUGUACGGUAAUUCAUCGUAUCUUCAGUGGACUGGUGUGGGCUCUAGCAUGGUCUCUAUUCAAUACGUAGAAAACAGCUCCUUUGCGGACCAAUUGCGGCAAUCAGAGCCGCCGCAGAAGGUGUGCGUUUGUACGCGGAGAGGGCCGCGUUCUUGUCCUCGGAAAUGGAAUCAACUCUGGCACAUUUAUCUCACUGGCGCACCCGGAAACACAGCUGUGAGACCCAGAGAUAACUUUUGGGCAAAUUCGUGA